AGGUUUAUAUUUUAGUUAGAAGUAGAACAAAAUUUAACAAAAAAAAAAAAAAAAAUCCAUUUAUUUAUUUUUGAAAGCUAUUCCUCAAUCAAUGGCUUCUUAACCCAUUCAUCCCUGACCUAUUCUCAAACUGUAGUGAUGAAGCUCUCCCUUAAGCUCCAAGGCGACCGCCAUGACCAGAGCACCCUUCACCACCAGAUCCCUCUGGUAACAGCUAAGGUACCCAUCUCCAUAUUCAACCAACCAUUCCUCACUUCCGUCUCCACCACCCCCACGGCCACAACCACCUCCCCUUCCUCCCACCUCUCAUUCUCUCUCUCCUCCUUCUUCAAAUCCGGUCCUUCUCUUAAGUUUACAUACUCUCCCACCUCCGCAACUUCCCCGCCUUUCUCUCUCUCCCUCAAGUCCGGUCUCGGUCUCUUCGGCUCCGCGGACGAGUCUCCUCUCGUUUUCAAAGCUCACUUCACGUUCUCCUCCACCAACCCCUCAUUCUCUCUCCAUUUCAAACCCCAAUUUGGCAAUUUCUCUCUCAGAAAGACCACUUUCUCCAACCCUAAUGGCGAUCGGGUUUCUGGGUCUGCCUCCGUUCGCGAUAUCUCUUUGGAGUCUGGUGGGUUGGAAGAUGGGUUCGUUCCCGAAGGUUCUUCGGGAUGGCAGGAGCUGAAAUUGGAGCCUUGUAGUGGCAAAAAUGGGGUUGUAGGCGGUGAUUCUAAUGAGGGUAAGUCUGGGGUUUACACUAAUGGUGGAGUUGAGAGGUCUCUGUCUUGGAAGGAGCCUGAGAAAGAUGGCAUUUUUUCUGGGAUAGCUGUAAUGGCGAAGACUGUAUUGCCGGUGACGAAACGGGUGACAAUGAAUAUGAGAUGGGGUGUGGGUUUACCCUCGAAUUUGGGAUCGAAAUUGCCUUGUUUGACGUUGAAUAAAAUUGGGAUAGAGAGAGUGGAGGAGGAAAAUGAAGAGGAGAAGAAUAAGAACAAGAAAAAGAGUGACGAGAGUAAUGUGAGUGAUUUGGAGUUGUUGAAGGGUAUGUGUUUUUGGAUGAAAAGGGAUUUGGAGUUGUUGGAGAAAGAGAAUAAGGAGAUGAAGCAGAGCUUGGAGAAAAUGCAGUUUGGAGCUCCUGGCAAACAUUUUCGAGGUGGGAGUGAUAAUGGCGGGAAGAUUAUGCAGUUGCCUUCAGGGGAGAGUACGAGCGAGUUUGAGCAGUGGAAGAAAAGCAAAAAGACUGCAAAAGAAGAGAAUGGAAAAAGAGAUUCGAAGAAGUCUUCUACCAAUCAGACGAGUGACCUGGAGUCUGAAUUGGAGAAGGCUAUCAAGGCUGCUUCAUCUUCCUGAGGUGGGGUAGUUGUAAUGUUGAGUUUUAUUCUUCAAUCAUAGUAUAUAAAAAACAAAGCGUAGGGUCCGAUAAAGAGCUGGCUACUCGAUGAAAUGAAGGUCCUGGAGGGGUUUGUUUAAAUUGAGGGUAGUGUAACUUCUAGAAUGACAAUUGGGAAUCUUUGCAAUGGUUGCAGCCAUUGAUUCCACGUUUCAUUUUUCCUAUUGCUUUUGAUGUAUGAACAAUUUAUUUUCAACAUCAUGGUUUUACUGUGUUUUUUAGUUUUGGUUCCCUUUAUUGGUAAUUCUGAAAUGCUUACUUUGGUUACUUUAUUCAAAUUUAUAUAAAGGAUUUUAUUCUUGUA